AUGCAUCAAGAUGCGGACUUGCUCUCCCGUGCAGUGAUGUGGACGGAAGACUCUACGAUUCCUCUUGCUUCUCCUUUCGUGGAGUGUAACCACGGUGGCGCCAUCAACUUUGCUGUGCAAGGCAUCAAGGACCAAGCCGUUGUGGACCACCCGCUGGUGCUGCUUGAAGGGAACGUGGACUUCCCUAAGCGAAUGCCUUCGCUUCUUCCACUUCCGUCGUGUUCGGUGCUUUAUGUUCGAAUCCAGUACAUCGUCACGCUCUGGGCUGUCACCCUGCCAAGUGGUCACUUCAAGGCCCUCAUUCAUCUCCCAUCUCCCGGGCUUCAUUUCGUAAAGCUUUGGUCUCCUAUGUUGCCAUCAUAUCGCUGCUUGAAUUCGCUACUUUACCGCCCUCCUUUGACAUCCCUCGAAAAAUCGAGCUCGACCACAACCAUAUCACCAUUUCGGCUUCGCUUCACCCUCCAGACUUGCCCUGACACGAAUGGGACCAUCGACGCUCCUCUUGGCUCCGACAACAGCCUCACUGCAGCUCUAUCUAUACUCCAGUUCAACGCGAUCCUCCUACAGACGAUCAUGGCUCAGCUGCAAUCGGCGCACCAUCUGCCACCGCACACGUUUGCUUUCGACUCGUUGGAUGCACUCGGACAGCCAGUCGUGGAUGCUUGGUCAACGCCAGAACUAACCACGUCCACAAUGGCAGCCUUGGACGACCAAGAGAUCUUUCGGGUCAUUCGGCGGGAACUCAAUCCCAACGCGACAGACUCGAACCUACUCCACGUCGUAGUGACGGGUUGUUGCCGCUACAACGCAAUGACUCGCCGUGCUGUUGGCCACGCCGCUGUGGGAGCCGAUGGAACGCCGCGUGUGGCGCUGUUUGGUGGAUGCGGUCUCCACGCGUGGGCAUCCAGCGUCCACGACGUCGUGAAAAAGCUUACGGACACCACAAGAAUUCCGUCAUACCUGAUGGACGACAGCGGCCAUCGUGGAACAAUGGGGGGCUUGUACACUACUGGGCUUGGCGCUCUUUUGCAUGAGAUGGGGCAUGCUUUCGGUCUAGGCCACUCGCCACCGGGAUUUAUCAUGAGUCGGGGUGGCGACGAUCUCCAUCGUGUUCUCAGUCUGUUUGGCAUGGAUGGGGCACCCUUGAAAGACAUGGGCGGCGCAAGGUGGCAUCGGACAAAUGCAAUCAAGUUGCAUCACUCGCCGUUCUUGCGGCGGGAAUCGCCCGCACAUGCUUUUGCAGCCGGACUUGCUUACAUGGACGGCCCCCAGCGCCCGUUCAAAGUGUCCAUCAGCAAGGGUUGCAUCCACAUGGGCCUGCUUCUUGACAUUGGCGACGUCCGCAUCGCUCCAGACAAGGACGGCGGGGACGACAUGCUGUUUUGUCUUGCCACUGGUGAAGUUGUCGUGGCGGUGACUGUGCACGCCGUGGCAUGGGUGGAUGGGAUUCAAUUGCACACGUCCACCCGAUCCACCCAAGUGUUUGGCCAUGCAAACGACGUACCGCCCGUUCGACUUGCCGCGCCGCACGGCAUGGCGGUGCGCCGACCCCACGACGUGAUCUGCGCCGUUGCUCCUCUGACCAAUCUCUCCGAGACGACGUCGGCGAUGUGA